CGUUGCUAGACGUGUAAAUAUAUUCUCGAACCCCGGAGUCUGUCUGCUCCAGCUCAGCACACUCCGUCAUGUCUUCUACUUUUGACGCUCUCAUUGCAGACCUCACUCGAGAUGCGUAUCGCGUGCAACCCAAGGAUGCUCUGCAAUACUGCGCCGACUGGUUCCAACGGAGGUUACAAGAGCAGCGCUCCAGGACUCGCGAUGCGCUUGCCAACCGUUUGACACCUGUGCGCGAUCUUCCUGCGGACCACUUCUUCGAUACGCCUCUCAGCCCGACUUCGUCUACUAUGGCAGGCUCCCCCUUCUCACAAUCAUAUUCCCAAGAACAUGCCCCUAUACCCAACAUUGGUUCCGUCUCUAGUCCUUUCGGGACACUCAACGUUCCUGGAAACGCACUACUUCCCGAUCGUUCCUCCAACGCGCACAACGUAAUCAGUCCGCCAACUUUCACCGUAAACAACGGGGAGGAGAUCUCACCUACUUCUCCCAACAAUCAUAAUCCCUUUGCUUCCUUCGCGAAUGGCACCAUCUCUCCUGAUAAUAACGACUAUCUACACCCGGGAAUGUCGACCAUUCUCGCGCGGCGAUCGUCCGUCAGCGCCGAGUCUAUUGCGGUUGACAGCGAACACGACGAACCUCUGCCUGUCUUUCAAAAGUCCCCAGAGCAAUUGAAGCGCAUUCUUGUCUCUGUAGGCAAGAGUCUUCUCUUCCGCGAGCUCGACGAGGAGCAGCAGACUGGUGUUCUCUUGGCGAUGCGGGAGACGCAAGUCGAACGAGACGAGGUGGUUAUCAGGCAGGGCGAUGUGGGAGAGUGGUUCUACGUUGUGGAGUCUGGUAUGCUUCACUGCUACAUCCGCGACGAGCCCCUACCUCCAGACUGGUUCAGCGAGAAGAAGACCGCUGGCGUAACGGCGAAGACUUUUGUGCAGCCGGGAUACCACCCGCAGUACGGCAGGAAGGUAGCGGAAUGUGGCGUUGGAUCUACAUUUGGCGAGCUAGCUCUCAUGUAUGGCCACCCUCGUGCCGCUUCGGUUGUUGCCAUCGAGCCGUCUACCUUGUGGUCACUGGACCGUAUAACCUUCCGGACGAUCAUUCUCAAGGCCGCUCACCGCCGGCGCACGAUGUACGAGCAGUUCUUGGCGUCUGUGCCUCUGCUGAAGUCUCUGGGCCCGGAGGAUCGCAGCAAGAUUGCGGACGCGCUUGGAAGCAGCAUUUACGAGGAUGGCGAGGCGGUAGUGAGGCAGGGCGACAUGGGUGAUACGUUUUUCUUCGUCGAAGAAGGUGAAGCCGUCGUUACCAAGACUAUAGAGGCGGAGGACGGGGAGAAGAAGGAUGUGCGGGUGGCACACCUGCGAAAGGGAGACUACUUCGGAGAACUGGCUCUUCUCCGGUUGGAACCACGUGCGGCGACAGUGAGCGCAAUCGUUCGGGAAGACUCGACGUCGCCGAAGCUCAAAGUAGCCGUCCUCGACGCGCACGCCUUCACUCGGUUGUUGGGUCCGAUUAGGGAUCUCAUGGAGCACAGAGCGUAUGGGUACCGUCGCUGAGUUUUCUUCUUGCUUUCCGGUUUUACUUGGAUUGGACACUUUCAAAUUAUUGUUGUAGUUGUAUUCUACUGUCUUGUAUCAUUUUGUUGUGUCCUUGCUGUCUUCAUCGUCUCUAACGCACCAGGAUGCAUCCUCCGAGACCCGUCUUCUGCAGUCCGCGCAACAUCGCUUCCGUCGGAUGAAUUUUAUCUUGCCUCAUCAUCUGUACCCUCGAAUCACUUUAGCGUGGUUUUGCCGCAACGUUACGAUGCCAACAAACACUCGUGUUCACCCGGUAGUACGCCGCUCACGUCCUCGGCAACGGAGUGGAGCAGAAACG